GCAGCAGGGGAACCGCUGUGUUUUGCAAAUUGGAUAGAUCGCGCCCUCCCGCACCCACUCGGGCGGCGGGGAGGACCCGCUGAACGCUGCAAAAUGAAAUUCAACUCGCCCUCCCGCACGGUCCAGCGACGGGACCAGGGCCCGAGAACCUCCGGCGUUGGCGAGAUUAAAUUUUAACGCCGCCGCCCGCGCCGCCGAGGCGGCGACUUCGGAGAGCGCGCCUGCGCGGUGGGCUUGACCGCACCCCCGGCCGGCAGGGGGCGGUGUCGGCGGAGGGAGUCUGCGCGGGAUCGGCGCACUUCCGGGUUCCUUCGCGGUUCUGGGAUGAAUGCCUUCGCUCGUUGGUGUUGGGGGACAGUGAGACCCCUCCAUCCCCUGCUCAACACAGUCUACACCGUGGUUCCCAGGUAUAUCAGGACACACUCGAUCCCGUCUCCAAAAGUUGUGGAUCGCUGGAAUGAGAAACGGGUUAUGUUUGGCAUGUACGACAACAUAGGAAUUCUCGGGGAUUUUAAGGUGCACCCCCGGGCCCUGAUCCGGGGCCCCAGCUGGCUGCGGGGCUGGAAGGGGAACGAGCUCCAGCGCUGUCUCCGCAAGCGGCGGAUGGUGGGGCCGCGGAUGUUCGAGCACGACAAGCACCUGCUGGACAAACGCAUCAAGUACUUGUGCAGGGCCUUUAACCGCAUCGGCAAGAUGCGAUGAAUAAAGGCACCGGCCCGUC